AUGUAUUCCGGCUCCAACUCCUAUAUGGGUGGCAACAGCCUCCGGCCCGGACCCCAGCAGUAUGGAAGCUCGUUUGGCCCAGGAGCUGGGCAGCAGCAGCCUCAACAGCAGCAACCCAGCCCAUUCGCUCCCCAGCCGACGGGGUUCGGGCAGGCCCCUCUGCAGCAGCAGUUCACCGGCUACCCGGGCAUGCAACAGCCUCAGCCGACAGGCAUGCAGCAACCGCAGGCUCAGGGCCAGUUGCAGCCCCAAUACACCGGCUUCCCCGGGCAGGCGCCUCAACAGCAGAGCUUCCAGACGGGUGCCCCUCCGAUGCCCCCUAUUCCCCAGCAGUUCCAGUCGCAGUUCCAGCAGCAGCAGGCACAGAAGUCGCCGAGCCCUUUCGCACCCGCCUCGGGCCCGUCGCAAGCACCUCCUGCGCCGCCCAUGAAGCCGCAGCCGACCGGCUUCACUGAGAUGGCUGCUUCCUUCCACACGGGCGCAGCCUCGAAGCCCCAAGAACCCGCCGCACGCAAAUCCACCAACAAGAUCCCCAACAUUCGGCUCUCGUUCAUCAAUGCCGGAGACCAAUCCAAGUUCGAGUCUCUCUUCAAGUCUGCGGUGGGCGAUGGGCAGACGACCAUGUCUGGAGAGAAGGCGAGGGACCUGCUGCUCACCUCCCGGCUCGAUGGGGAUGCGCUCUCCCACAUCUGGACAUUAGCGGAUACUACGAGAUCUGGCCAGCUGCACUUCCCCGAGUUUGCCCUCGCCAUGUAUUUAUGCAACCUCAAGCGCACGGGCAAGUCGCUGCCUCCAACACUACCUGAAAACAUCAAGAACGAGGUGUCGAGCAUGGUGGACAUUAUCAACUUUAGUGUUGUUGAGGAUGCUUCGGGCGGCCCUAGUUCACCGGCUGGCAAUGCCCCUGACUUCACGCGCCAGAAUACGGCAACACCUCCGACUAUCCAGCACCCGCAGCCCCAGCAGUCUAACUCGCAGCUUCUGCAGACACAGAUGACUGGGUUUCCGCAACAACAGACCGGUUUCAUGGGCCAAUCCCAAGGCUUGCAGUCUCAGCCGACUGGCUUUGCUGGCAUGCAGAACCCACAAGCCGCUGGUUAUUCCGGACCUCGCCCACCUAUGCCACCAAUGCCCACGGGAUUCGGUUCAAACCUCGGGCCUAACAGUGGCGGCAUGGCUGCGCCGCUCAAUGCUCAACCAACGGGAAGGCCGGGACAAUGGGGACUGGUCAACACUCCCUCUACCGGACUGCCCAACAUUGAUGCGCUUCAGGCCCGUAUGAUGCCACAGACAGGCCGAGAGCAGGGUAGUUUUACCACUUCUGGCCUGCAGGGCAAUGCAGUCAUUCCCUGGGCCAUCACCAAAGAUGAAAAGACCAGAUAUGACUCGCUUUUCAGAGCAUGGGACGGGAUGGGCAAAGGCUAUAUCGCUGGCAGCCAAGCUAUUGAGAUCUUGGGCCAGAGUGGCCUGGAAAAGUCUGAUCUUGAGCGCGUCUGGACUUUGGCCGACAAUGGCAACAAGGGCCGACUCGAUCUCGAUGAAUUCGCCGUGGCCAUGCAUCUGAUCUACCGAAAGCUGAAUGGCUACCCCAUCCCAGCGCGGCUCCCUCCCGAGCUGGUCCCACCUUCAACGAGGAACUUCAAUGAAUCCAUCGGCACGAUCAAGAACAUGCUUUCUCAGGAGUCUGACUUUAGAAAGAACUCUGGGGCUGCUCUGCUUCCCCAGAAGACUGGCGUGAGCUACCUGAAGAGCCACUCCUUCAGAGGAGCUGGCGCAGGUGCGGCAGGUGGUCGAAAAGAUGCUACAGUCUACAAGAACAAUGAUGAGGCUGUUGGAUACCGAUCUAGUGCCCGCCGUAGAGUUGGAGGUGGCUCACCUCGACCCGAUUCUCCGGCUUCUGUUACCUCCAAUGAUGAGCUCACUCUGGACCAGCUGAGGAAGAAGAUUAAGGAAAAACAGGUUCUAUUGGACGCAAUGGACUUCAAGGAUGAGAAGGACGCAGAAGAGGAUGACAUGCUUGACAGGCGCGACCGUCGCGAGGCUGACGAGCUCUACCGUCGCAUCAGGAGAAUUCAGGAGGAUAUCGAUUCUCACCCGGAUGCCGCCCUCAUCAGUGGAGACUCUGAUGCUGAGCGCCGAGCACUCAAACGCCAGCUUCAGAACCUCACUGACAAGAUCCCUGAGCUCGCCUCUCAGGUUAGGAAGACCGAGAAGGCCAUUGCCGAGGCCAGGCUGGAGCUUUUCCGGCUCAAGGAUGCCAAGGCGCACCCUAACAGCGCUUCUGCCAUUGUCGGAACUGGUCCUGGUGGUGUAGUGACCGAAUCUGAUCGGGUCAAGGCACGCGCCAAAGCUAUGAUGCAGCAGCGAACUGCGGCGCUUACCGGCAAGAAGAUCGAUACCAGCCUUGACGAUGCAGACGCCCCGAAGCGACUGGAGGAGGAGAACAUCAAGAUCCGGACCGAAAAGGAGAACAACGAACGCAUGGUCAGGGACGUCGAAGACAGUGUGCGAGACUUUGCGCGCGGUAUUGAAGACAGCUUGAAGGAAGGCGGACAGAGCUCGUCAAAUGAGCACGAGCGACGGAGAUGGGAGGAUGCUCUGGGUGUGGAGGACGACGUGAGAGAUUUCAUCUUUGAGUUGCAGCGAUCAAGUCGUUCCAAUCGCAUCCGUGCCCAAGAUCGCCGCAGCGAGCGACCUGCAGAGCGAGCGGAACCUGCGAGGGUUGAAUCAUCGCCAGCCCCCCGGCACGAUGGCACCGCCUCAUCCUCUCGCUCGGGAACUCCCAGUGCUGGAGGCGGUAGCUACUCGUCGUACAAGACCGCUGAAGAGCGAGCUGCCUUCAUUAAGCAACAAGCCGAGCAGCGUAUGGCCGAGAGACUUGCCGCGCUUGGCAUCAAGGCACCCAGCAAACCCGGCGAGACAGCUGCUCAGAAAAUGGAACGUGAGCGAUCUGAGCGUGCGGCGAAGCUUCGCCAGGCCGAGGAGGAAGAUGCAAAGCGAGAGGCCGAGAGGCAAGCAAGACUUGCGGAGGAGCAAGGCGUGCCCCCUCCCGCGGUCACCUCUCCCAAGAACGAGAACAAGAAGCCGCCUCCGCCACCCAGUCGCCAGGCUGGACGUGACGCAUCCAAGCAUGCCGAAGAAGAGGCUGCGGCCAAGAAGGCCGAAGAAGAACGCCUCGCCCGAGAGCAUGAAGAACAACAACGUGCGACUCAGCAGAUGGAGGCAAGUGCUAGAGAUCAGGAAGACGAUCUCGCGCGCGAGCGGGAGGCCGCUGAUGCUCGCCUCAAGGCCCUGGAGGAGCAGGUCAGACAGGGUAAGCUUAAGAAACAGGAGGAGAAGCAGAAGAAGAAGGCAGCGAUGGCGGAAGCCAAGGAGAAGGAGGCCAAACUUGCUGCUCGCCGCGCGGAGAUUGAAGCUGCCAAGCAGCGCGAAGCCGAGCUGCAGCGCCAAUUGGCAGCUAUGGACGACGAUGACAGCUCUUCGGACGACGAGGGCCCGCAACAGAUUACUCCUCAGGCCUCGACGCCUACCGUCGGAGGCAGUCAGAUUGGCAGUCACGAUGUUGAACCCAGGCAGAGCCCUCCAGCACCCCCGGUCGUGGCCCCGCCCACCGUUGUGACCAGCCCCCCCGACGAGAAGCCCGAGAGCCGCAAUCCUUACUUCAGGAUGAUGUCCCAAUCUUCUACCGAUUCGGCACCAGCGCCAGCUGCACACCCUGCUGCUCCCCAGACCGAGGCUUCUACCAACCCGUUCCACCGCAUGACCCAACAGCCUGCCGCGGUCCCCCCGGCACCGCCAGCUGGACCCAUCUCGCGGAAGCGCGGUGAUGAUGAUGACGACGGAUGGGGUUCCGACAAGGACGAAGACGAGGAGGACUCGGAUGACGAUAGACCCGGCGGCUCGAGCGCUGCCGCCCUCGCCUCCAUCCUCUUCGGCACCAUGGCUCCUCCUCGCCCGCUCUCCGCAACGGGAGACAAGGCGGCGUCCCCGUCUCCUGUCACCUCGCCGACAGCUCCUCCUCCAGCCCCGGCACUGCCUGCAGCCCCCGAGGCGUCAGACACAGCAGCCCCUUCUGCGCCGCCACCUCCUCCGCCAAUGCCGACGGACAGCCCAAGCUCUGCGCCGCCUCCGCCUCCUCCUCCACCCAUGCCGACCGGCAGCCCGAGCUCGGCUCCUCCUCCGCCGCCUCCCAUGCCGCCGACUGGAGCUCCUUCAGCACCUCCCCCACCACCGCCACCAAUCCCGGGCAUGGCACCGCCUCCUCCGCCGCCGCCGCCACCGGCUGCUGGUGACGCUCCUGCCCCGCCGGCCGGUGGACGCCCUGCCGGUUUCCUGGGCGAGAUCCAGGCUGGCAAGAUGCUCAAGAAGACCACCACCAAGGACAAGAGCCAGGCGGCUGUGGCGGGUCGGGUGCUGGAUUAA